CUUUUCUUCCCUUACUCCCAUCUUCCCACUUCUCCUCAACUACCAGCUUAGAGCCUUGCUCUCCCUCACUCUUUUGAACUCAAAUAUCAAACGCAUCUAAUACUACGACUACAACAAUGUUCGCUGCUACCGCUGCACUCCUCCUUGGAGCUGCCUCCUUGUCCACCGUUUCCGCUCAGGCUGGUGUCUGGGCUACUGGUCCCAUGGGCGUCACCAACCCUCCCAAACCCAUUAUGGGAACUCCUAUCAACCAAACUUCCGAUGCCAGACUCAUCUCCUUGAACGCCAUUGAUGAUUUCUGCCUUUGGGCCCCACCUAACCCCGAAGUGAUAGGCAACUCUGAGGCUUAUGAGGUAGCCUGGUGUACAAAAGCCCGAAACAACGCUCGUGUUAUUCCUGAUGGCACUUUCACCGGACUGUCAAUGGUCAAAACUGAUUUCUAUAUCCAAAUAAUGGGAUACGGUGAUUUCACCAAGAUCAACUUGAUGCCGGGCGACUUUGGAGGAGAGCUCGAUCCUCACGGUGCGGAAGGUCUGGGAAAUCCCGUCGGUGGUAAUAUUACCGUCAACAUCAAUGGUGAGGAUAAGAACGUUGAGGAAUGGAUGUCGUACAUCUCUUAUAGCCAGUUCUGCUUCCGUGCCUGUAUAAACUCCAACUCUACCUACUCCGCUGCGGCAAUGUGCGAGCACAAGUUGGACGUUAUGGGAUGUAACUUCGUCAUGCCCGGUAAUUACGGCUUCAACGGUACAUUCGAAACCUGCGACGCAGACGUCGCCUACCCACCUGGCUGGUACCCCUCGGUCGUCGGCGGUCAAACCACCUACUCCCAAUUCCAACAAUACUGGACUGGUGUCGUCGGUGCCCAGACCUUCACCGUCGGAGACACCGUCACCCCUCAGUCUGUCGCCUUCACCCCUUCUUCGUCCAACUGCAAGACGACGAGCACGAUUGGGAAUGGAAUUCCUUUGAGCUUGCUUACUGCUGGAGCUACCGGACCUGUUCCUACCAAUCCUGCUGCAACGCAGCCUGGUGCUACGGUACAGGGGACUGUGGGUGCUAGUGGUGCUGGUGGUGCUUCUGGGACUGGGACCAAUAAGCCCCCUGGUUCGACUGGUACUUCGGGUUCGAGUGGCUCGAGUGGUAGCAAGGGCAAUGGUGCUAUCUCGUUGGCUGCACAGGGUAUGACCCUUAUGACUUUGGUUGCUGCGAUCGCUGGAGUUGCGUUGAUACACUAAGUAAAGAGUUUGUUCGUUUGUUUGUUUUUUUUUGUUGAGAGAGAUGGAAGUUUACGUACCCGCACACCAGUUUUUCUAUCAUUAGUUAAUACCUGCCAGUUUUGCAUACCUCUUUUUUGUUUCUUCUUUUCUUUACUUACUUCCAUUUAUCCCUACGCUCAUUUGAAGAUGGCGGACAGUUGGUAUAAAAGACGUUUUUUUUAGAUAGAAUCUUGCGUGUGGCGAGGAAUUCUAUCUUUUUUUUUCCGCUGAAAA